AUGGAUCCGGAAACCCGCAGUGAUUCGCCCACAGAAACCAGUCGACAGGAACAUACAUCGAAAACGUCUUUUCUAAUCGAAGAUAUUUUAUACCGGAGCCAUGAAAGUAGAAACUUUAAGACCCCCGACCAGAGACGGUUUGAUUAUGAUCGAGACCCUAAACCUUUUUUUCCCGUACCUAAUGAGAUGAGACCUCAGGUGCCAAGCAGAGAAGGUUCUUAUUUACAAGUGGCUAUGGGGGCUUUAGGGGCAUAUUUACACACACCAAAUACGUAUAAGGCUGUGGAGGCGCCAUAUUUUCUGUCUCAAGGAGUCCCAUAUCACGCGUUGUUCACUCCGUCCGAACUCUCGCUGUCCGCCCUCAAACACUGCCGCCGGCGGAAAGCAAGGACCGUGUUCUCCGACCCACAGCUAACCGGUCUGGAAAAACGCUUCGAGUCCCAGCGUUACCUGUCAACUCCUGAGCGCGUGGAGCUGGCUGGAGCCCUGAACCUGUCGGAGACACAGGUCAAGACUUGGUUCCAGAACCGGCGGAUGAAGCACAAGAAACAAAUGAGGAAACAACAGCAACAGAGAGGGGCAACGGCUGUAGACUUUACCACGAAACACGCGUCAACACAUUCAGAAUGCAGAAAAGCGGAAAACUCAAGAAUAUCGACAGAUUCGGACACGGAGCACAGCGACAGUGACAUCGAUAUAGUCGGCGAAACGAACUACGCACAACACUAUUCUGCCAAUAAUACGUAG